GUGUGUGUGAGAGAGAGAGAGAGAGAGAGAGAGAGAGAGAGAGAGAGUGUGUGAAGAGACCAUUCUUGUUUUUGGACUUUUAAGAAAGGUGGACACGCAGCAGUAAUGGGAGACUGGAGCUCUCUUGGGAAGCUUUUGGAAAGCGCCCAGGAACACUCCACGGUAGUUGGGAAAGUCUGGCUCAGUGUACUUUUCAUCUUCCGUAUCCUGGUGCUCGGUGCGGCCGCGGAGAAGGUCUGGGGCGAUGAGCAGUCUGGCUUUACCUGUGACACCAAGCAGCCUGGUUGUCAGAACGUAUGUUAUGACAAAACCUUCCCAAUCUCUCACAUCCGAUUCUGGGUGAUGCAGAUCAUCUUUGUUUCCACGCCAACGCUGAUCUACCUGGGCCACAUCCUGCACCUGGUGCGCAUGGAACAAAAACAGAAACAUGAUGCGAGCGCAGCAGACAGACAAGCCCUUCUGAGCACCAAAUCCGUGAAAGGUCCCAUCCGAGACGACCAGGGCAAGAUUCGUCUGCAGGGGGUUUUGCUACGCACCUACGUCUUCAACAUCAUCUUCAAAGCGCUGUUUGAGGUGGGCUUCAUCGUGGCACAGUACUUCCUAUAUGGAUUCGAACUGAAGCCCCUGUACACCUGCAGCAGGUGGCCCUGCCCAAACACGGUCAACUGCUACAUCUCAAGACCUACGGAGAAAACCAUCUUCAUCAUCUUCAUGCUGGCCGUGGCCUGUGUGUCAUUACUUCUCAAUCUGGUGGAGAUGUAUCACCUGGGCUUCACCAAGUGCAGGCAAGGUUUACGUUACCGGCGCUCUCACUCCGUCAGCGACACAGAAUCUAAAACGCCCAGCGUGGACGCGGUGGUUCCAUUCGUGGCCAGCUACCCUUAUUUCCCCCCUCACGCACCUCCACCAGCGCCCUUUCCCGCCGAGCCCCAUUUUAACCUCUCGGAACCGGACGGGACCUUCCCUCCUCACAGCAGUCGCUCUGUCUACAAGCAGAACAGAGAGAACAUGGCUGUGGAGCGCAGCGGAAAAACCGACGCAGCAGAAGUCAAAACCAACAAAAUCUCCAACUCUGUGCCCGGAUCCCCCGCCAGCCAACAUCGCAGGCCCAGUCAUUCAAGUCGCUAUAGCAACAACAAGAGGCUAGAUGACCUAAAAAUCUAAUUACAGACAAAACUCUGAUUCAGGGUUAUCUCAU